AUGGCUGAAGGUGUGAAUUACUGUCAAAUAGCCAAAAUAAAGAUUAAACCAAACUUUUGUGAACCGGUUGUCCUCUCUGACCAAAAUGUGCACCCUGCUGUCCCCGAAAGAAGGUCAUGUUUUUGGACAAUCAACAUAUGCCGCACAAGCCAAUCCACUGCAAAGACAAAGGACCAUAUCCUACAGUGGGAAUGGAGUAACGGGUUGGCUUUUGUAGGGGGCGGAAUGCUGUAUGAAAAUAAGUCAAUCAAGAUUCCAAAGGAGGGAUUCUAUUUUGUUUAUUCUCAAGUGUCCUUGAAGAUUCCUUCCAACUUUGGAGAACACUUUGUAUCGCAGAUCGUGAGGGUGAAUAGCAACUAUGGCGACCCGGAGAUUCUUUUCAGUGGAAAAGCAGUCAAAAACGGACAGCAAACGAUCUACUUGGCUGGCCUGCUUCAUCUGAUAAGAGGUGAUCAGCUGAAGGUAAACGUGACUGCCGUUGACCAAGUAGAUAUCCGUUCCAACGACAAGACUUUCUUUGGAGCUUUCUGGGUUAUGGAUAAGCCUAGACAUUAG